UCUCUCUCAUGGAAAGAGAGGAGUUACAAAGAAGAGAUGAUGUUAAAUUAAUAGCUCCAAUAUGUCUCCCCCCUCAAGAGAUUCUAAAUCAUAUGCAGCAGUUGUUAUUGGAGGCACUUUUGAUAGGCUACACCAAGGCCACCAUUUGUUCCUCAAGGCAUCUGCAGAGCUUGCGAGAGAUCGAAUCGUAAUCGGAAUUUGCGACGGGCCGAUGCUUAGUAAGAAACAGUUCAUCAAGCCUAAUUUGAAUGUGAUAGUGGAGCCAAUUGUGGAUCCUUAUGGCCCCUCAAUUGUUGAUGAAACUUUGGAGGCAAUUGUUGUGAGCAAGGAGACACUACCAGGAGGAUUAGCGGUAAACAGAAAAAGAGCUGAGAGGGGCUUAUCACAAUUAGAGGUCGAAGUAGUCGAUCUUUUGCCGGAGGAAUCGACAGGGAAUAAGAUCAGCUCUACUGCAAUCAGAAGAAUGGAAGCAGAAGCAGCAAAGAGAAAGCAGCAGCAGCAGCAGCAGCAGGUGAUUCAACUGGAAUGCAGAUCAUAAUUUCAGUUAAAAUUCAGCAAAAAAAAAUAAAUAAUAAUCAUAUAUAAAUUUCUAUUCUUAAAUAACCAGUAUACCUUGUUUUCAUUUUUAUUUUUUGUCAUGUUGAAAAGGAUUUGCUGUACAAUUAAUAGUUUCUUGUUGAUAAUUAAUAUAAGAUUCUUUGAA